GAUGAAAUGCGAAAGAAGAGUCCGGCAUCGGUUCAGAAAUGGGUCGAUUCCAUACAGAUGCCCAACAGUGGCGUUCACCCUGGCACCAGCGAUGCACCAGAUUCGGAUCAUGGAACGGUUCCGAUGCAGGAUGACAACGGGCCAUUGGCAGGAUCAAGUCAGCUAGCGGUUGCUACAAUGGCUGGGGAAGCGGAAAAACACCAAAUCCAUCACCGCACGACGGUUGGCGUCGAGUCGUUGGCGAUGCACGAUCAGCACUGGGGUGGAGACAGUAGCGACGAGCAAACGGAAGAGCUGGCUUCAGUAUACCGUUGGGAUGUACAGGAGGGGAACGCACAUUUCUCGGCCAGCCUGGAGAAUGUACUUAGUGAGAGCCCUCAAAACAAUAACAGUACACCCGCAGUCACAGAUUCAACCGUUUCGUCUAGCACACCGAAAGUGGCCAAACUUGGGGAAGACUCCGAUCGUUCCAAGCAAUCCAACGACGGAGGAGCGGGACUUUCGAUACGGAACUUUCUUUCCAAGAAAUCGCUGUUGGGAAAGUUCAAUCGGUCAGGGUCGAACCUUGAUCGUAGCCCAACCACGCCCGGGGACAAUUUUCCAACCGUUACUGCACCGGACGCCGGACAGACUGAAGUGGACGUACCGGAACCGGCAGCGUCGUCAUCGUCGGCGUUUGGUGUAGGCAAGAGUAAGAUAAAUGAGUUCUACGAUAAGCUCAACAUGAACAAAGCAAAGUACGGGUUGAUUAAGGCGAAGAAGCUGGACAUUCGCAAUAUGCUGGGAGUUGGAGGCAGUGCUAGUCGUCAGGAUUGUGCGAUGGGUAUCCCCAAAACAUCCGGCGACGCUGAGCAAGCACCUGUGGAAGCGCGUCCGAUUGUGGUUGACUUUCCACCUGAACUUGGACCUUCGGAAUCGGUUCGCGAAGAAAAACCUCCUCAAAAGGAACAUGAAAACGAUCAGUCGAUCACAGAGUCGCAGCAGGAGGACCCCCUCGAAGUGAGCGUCGUUGAUGUGGAUCCGUCCGAUGCGUAUGAGUUUUCUUUCGAUGAAUCGUUCCCCAAAUCGGAUGACAUGAUCCCGGGGAUGAUCAGCGAGGAAGACGAAGAAAAGGAAAACAUACUCGACACGGCCACCGCCCCCGGUGGGGGACAUCAUCCGUACGCUUACGAUGUGUACCUUAAUCCUCCCAAACCGCGUGCUCAUCGGAUGGGUAUCGGUCGGAUUGGGCGCAGUUCGAGCGAAAACCCACGUGCCACCGGACGACGUUACAAUUUGAUGGAGAUUGGGCGCAGUUUUAGCGAGAUGAACGAUGACGACGAGUCGUUUGCCAUCAGCGAAGGUAACAAUAGCUGUCCCAAUCCAUCGUCGCUCAACACCAGCUCGAGUAUCAACAAUGGCAGCACCAGCAACCUGACUCGAUCCGUCCCGGUGAGUCCGAUACCGCGAACGUCGAGCAAAUUGAGUAUCCAGCAGGAGCACAACAGUCAGUCGCCACAGCAGCAACAGCAAAUGUCCGGUGCCGGCCAUCAUAAUCAGCGACGGCGUAGCACCAUGCUUGUAAAGGACAGUUCGCUUCAGUCCGAUUCGAGCCGUUGUUCGAGCGUCGAAAGUCUGUUGAAUGCCCGUAAACCCGAUCCAGAGAAAAUACUGCUCAACCUAGGCUUCGGCCCUGCACCGCACAGCACGGAUGUACUGUCCAAAAUACCAAAACGGUUCCUCAAACCAUCACAGGUACGGGGCGUUGAUACGGAAGCCUUUCUGCGGCAGCAACAACUUUCUAUGCAAAUCCACGAGAAUAGUGUCCUGGGCUAUCGGGGCCUAGUAGGUAACCCGCACAUUCCACCCUCGAUGAUAGUGGCCAAAAUUAUGGAGCGGUUCCAGGAGAACGAUACAAAGACGCGCCUAACGGCGACCGGGAUUUCGUUGCCACUGUCCGAUAGCCGCAACUCUUCGGGACCCCCAUCACCAAUGACACGGCAUGGCUCUCUAGCGACGAGCGAUGGACGAUUAAAGUUUUAAACAUGAGAAAGCACUGAACUAUCGUGAAAGUCGUGAUCGCAAGUGAUACACCAUUUUAAAGUAUACUACUAAAAUCAUUCGCGCUGUAUAGUCGACACUUCGAGCUUCUUCAAUGUCCAUUUAAUGGUCACACCAAACGGCCGCGGUGGAAGAAUUGCUGUUAUCACUUACUCACUUACUUAAGUAUCACACGCAACUCGGGAGACAGACCAAUGCUCACGUGUGACAUGAUGCAUUACUUUACUAACGCAAAAAGCACCUUUUUAAACGAAACAUUUUUAUGUGGUCCAAUUUGGAAUUACCGUACUAUUGUACUUUUUCAUGCCCAACCUUCUCCUACGGAAGACCUUUUACAACGAGAGCACAGACUUUAAUCUUCUAGAAUAUGAGUUUCCGCUUUUUCCAUGCUUUUUGUUAGCCGCUGCACCACUGACGGCCAGGCCGCGGGUAUAGUUAAUCUUAGGGGUUUUGUACGGUGAAGGUGGAUGAGUAGGAUCGUAAAGAUAUUACGCGGUAACGGAACGGGAGGGAACAUUUUCUUACAUUUUUCCUCUAUCUAUCACUCCUAAAAUCCGCUCUGCGUCCUUGUACACUCAGAUGCCCUUAUGAUGUGCUGUGUUGCGUAGCGAAACAUAGUUUAGUUGUUAAAUGAUGUAAGAUAUUAGAAAACCGCACUGUGCGCCAGUGGCACGGUGGCUAAAUGAUGAACUCCUUAAUAGGUAGCAUAGGUAGAUGGCUCACAGCGAAACACAGAGAGCAAGCACCAUUCCUGAACGGAUAUAAAAUAAAACUGCGGAACAAUCGAAUCGAAAGGUUCUUGAUAGAAUACUGGGAUAGAAAAGAACAAAUAUCAAAACGAAUACAAUCAAAUGCAAAUGCAUCACUAGUAGCAGCUCCCUUGGCUGCAUCUUUCUAGACAUAUCCUAUAGAUUAUAUGAAUCCCCCUUGUUGCCGAAGAGCGAUCCGCUCGCAUAGAUUUUUAUUGUGUCCUAUUGUGGUUUUAAUAUUGUCCUACAGAAGAUCUUUGUUUAAAUGAGGAGUGAAAAUGAGUAUAAAACUCGCCCAUCACUAGUACUGUUCGGAAAGCAAUGUGAGGAUUGACUGGAUUCCGAAGAUUGACCAGGCAGCGAUAUUUUGCUGCCAUUUGUUUGUUCUCGAAUCUCUAUUACAGCGGCACUGGAGAAGCAAACGCACCUGUUGGAAAUAUAA